CAAGGUGGCAGCACUGAGAUGGACAGAGAACGAAAAUGCAACUUCGAUCGGGGCAUAUAAAACCAGUGCUUCCAAUCCGAAGGCAAAGCAUAAAAGAUCAGAACAUUAGUAGCCGAAGAUUGGCUGAGUACCACGCAAAGCGGGCAAGUCCCUUGAAACGUUGGUAGUCUUGCAACCGGGUUCGCCAACUUCCUUUGGAGUUCAGUGAGUGCUCCAGUUUGACACAACUAUCCUCGGCAUUCGUAAAACUCAGUAAACCGAUCUAACGCAGACACAUUGACAUUCGAAAAUUUGGAUUCAAAACUGAAGAUGCCGACCACACCACAGGAUUUUGCCCUUGCCCACUCUCUUGCCCAAAGACCUCCGGCCGAAAGCAGUGAGGCCAAGGAGCAGGAGGCCGGCCAAUCGGACAACCUGCCCAACCUGUGCACUUUGUCGCUGGACGAACUAAAGCAGCUGGAUAGGGAUCCCGAGUUCUUCGACGACUUCAUCGAGGAGAUGUCCGUGGUGCAGUACCUGAACGAGGAGCUCGAUUCAAUGAUGGACCAGGUGGAGAUCAUAUCAAGAGAGAACGAGUGCAAGGGCAUUCAUUUGGUGGAGCUGAAACGACGACUCAGCGACGAUUUUACAGCUUUAAAAGACCUGGGCGAGAAAUGCGACCGGCUAAACAAGAAGUACUUCAAGAAGUCGGAUGAGUACGCUCCUCAGCAUAUCAGGGAGCUUCUUCAGAUUGCAGCUUCCAAUGCCGAUGGCGACUGCGAUCGUCACGUGGAGCACUUCCUUAACGGAAAGACCGACGUGCAGACGUUCCUCAACACGUACCAGUGGUCGAAGAAGAUCAGUACGGAGCGCAAGGCCAAAGAGGAGCGCCUGGGCACCCAGCUGAGUGCUCUGGAGCGGGCUGGUAUCUAGGAUUGCCUUGGCACUUCCUGGCCGUGCCAUCCAGAGCACGGUCCUCCCACUCCUACAGCCACGAGUCGAGUGGAGAAUAGCAAUGUUAGUAAAUUGAGAAGUUAAGCCAGAGAUGGGGCGUCAUAAUCAUGGCACACACGGCCACGCAUUUCCAGAACAGAAAGCAAAACCUUGGAGUAGUAACAAGAAGGUGCACUAGUCGUUCGUCUCCCAAGAUCGUUUACUUGGGCAGCGGGUCUUGUUAUUCUAUCCGUGCCCCGAAACGAUACAGAACUCAGUUCGGAAUCGCUUGUAUUACCCAUUUACUUUUUUUUCAUUUGGUUAAUCGUGAGACCCAUCCAUAUAUUCUAUCCAUAUAUACAUAUAUAU